AUGUUCUUUCGUUCUCUUUGCGUGGUAGCAGCGCUACUCACACCCCUUACUUUCUCGGCUCCGACAUCUGGAAAUACUUCUUCUCUUGCUGAGGGAGUCACUAGUCAUGCUCCACAGACAGAAAUGUUCAGCGCGGCUGCCGCUGGAGGAUACAAAAACGCGGCAUACUUUGUGAACUGGGGCAUCUAUGGCAGAAACUAUCAACCUCAACAGCUCCCUGCUUCCAAGUUGACACACGUAUUGUACGCGUUUGCAAACGUCCAGACGGAUGGAACUGUAUACUUGUCAGACAGCUACGCAGAUCUCGAGAAGCACUACCCCACCGACUCCUGGAACGACGUCGGCAAAAACGUCUACGGCGUCGUCAAACAACUCUACAUCCUCAAGAAAAAGAACAGACAAAUGAAAACCCUACUCAGCAUCGGAGGCUGGACUUACUCAACCAACUUCCCCGCCGCAGCCAGCACACCUGAAAACAGAGCCCGAUUUGCUAACACCGCUGUAACCUUUGUCAAGGAUUGGGGUCUUGAUGGCGUGGAUAUCGACUGGGAGUAUCCUAAGAAUGAUGUGGAAGCUUCCAACUUUGUCUUGCUUCUUCAAGCGAUGCGGUCUGCGUUGAACGCGUACAAGGCCCAAUAUGCGCCAAGCAGCAAGUUCCUUAUCACGAUUGCUUGCCCGGCUGGUCCUGUGAAUUAUAAUAUCCUUCACAAGCGUGAUAUGGAUCAGUAUCUUGAUGCAUGGCAUCUCAUGGCGUACGAUUACUCUGGAUCCUGGGAUACACUCGUCGGACACGACGCCAAUCUUUAUCCUUCCAGCUCAAACCCAGCCAGCACACCUUAUUCCACACAAAAAGCGAUCACGGAUUACAUCGCCUCGGGCGUUCCAGCAAGCAAAAUCGUCUUGGGUCUGCCAUUGUACGGUCGCUCUUUCCAGGCCACAGAUGGAGCCGGUAAACCAUUUUCAGGCGUCGGAAGCGGGAGUUGGGAGAAUGGCGUUUGGGAUUACAAAGCUCUCCCCAAAGCCGGCGCAAAAGAAUUCACCGACGCCAGCACCGGCACAUCAUGGAGCUACGACUCCUCGACCCGCGAGUUCAUCAGCUACGACAAUGUCGCCGUCACCCAGCAAAAAGCCACGUAUAUCAAGAACCAAGGGCUGGGUGGUGCCAUGUUCUGGGAGCCCAGCGGUGAUCGAACGGAUGGAGGGAGUUUGAUUUCGACCAUCGCGGGGUCGUUCGCGGGACUGGAGUCGAGCCAGAAUUGUCUGUCGUACCCGGGCAGUCAGUAUGCUAAUAUGGUAGCUGGGAUGCCAGGAGAGUAG